GGCGGGCUUGCCACUUCCUGUUCCGGUGUCCUUGUUGUUGCUUCGAGUGAACCGGGAGGUGAAGGCGCAGGGGGCCAAGAUGCUUCGGAACCUUUGGGCUCUUCGGCAGGUUUCUCAGAAAACCAUCAGCACUGCCUCCCGCAGACACAUGGCAAACAAGGUUAAAGAGAAGCAGAAACUUUUCCAGGAAGAUAAUGGUCUUCCAGUGUACCUAAAAGGUGGACCAAUGGAUGGAUUCCUGUAUCGAUUUACUAUGGCCCUUACUGUUUUUGGAACAGGCUAUGUCAUUUAUGAACUCUUCGUGCCCAGGAAAAGCAAUUGAGUCCAGUUUAUGGGAUGCAUCUUGCAGUAGCAUCUCUCCGUCCCAUUCCUUUACACUCUUCAGGGACCUACUUUGUCCUUGUCCUAAAUGACCAGUUAUGUUUUUGGGAUCAAUAUUUAUUGAGUUGAAAACAUUGUAUGAUGCAGUCAAUAAAGUAAUUUUACAUCGC